AUGACUCAGGAUAGUGGAACAAGAAUGCUAUACUCAAACAGAGCUAUCUAUGAUGGUUACCAACUUCUGCUGCGGCCGGCUGUAAUUCAAGAGCAGAAAUUAAAACAAGAACACAGAGAACCACCUCUGGUUCAUCUGUUAAGACACACUCAAGCUAGUGGUAGCAUCAGUAAAGAUAGACAAGAUAUACAGCAAAAACAAGUACAUGGUGGAUUACGAGAAGAACAGAAACACUCCGCUCCUACAACUAAACUACCAUCAUUCAGUGAGCUCUUGACAUCUAUUCCAUUGCCACGAGAGUUUAGAUGGUCUUCUGUUGGUCUGGAUUACUUUUCCCAACAGCCUACUGAUUCAAACUUACAAAUACACGCAUCAAACUUCCCUGGUAGGAGGGCCAGAUCUAUACCUACGCCUACAGGUACGGUCUCGACACCACCGUUUACUGGUCCAGUAUCUCCAUUGCAUAGUUUACCUUCUCCAUCAUCAGCAUGGGUACCGUCUCCUGGAACUAUAGCGUCUCAGAGUAGUACUUCAUCAACCACUCCUAGAAAACUGGUAGAACCGUCGUCUUCUAUUGUGUUCGUAAAUACUAGUAGCAACCCUGCAGUUGAAAGAAGAACAGCUAAAACAGUGAAUCACCAACAGCGCCCCGACGGCAACAGAACUAAACAUACCUGCAAAACCUGCUUUAGGUCAUUUACAACGUCAGGUCACUUGGCAAGGCACAAUAGAAUUCAUACCGGUGAGAGAGACCAUCAAUGUCCGUGGCCAACUUGUGAAGCAAGGUUUGCUAGGCAUGAUAACUGUAUGCAACAUUAUAAGACACAUACUAAUGGUAAGAGCAAAAGAGUGAGAUCAACUUCAAAGGUCAUGAAACGCUAA